AUGCCGCAGCCCGCCUCCACGGCCACGGCCACCGCCGCCGCCGUCGCGUCGGCGUCGCCCGGCGGCGGCGCCCCGGUCCUCGGCGCGUGGCUCGUCGUGCGCCGCCACGCCUUCUUUUCCUUCCCCAAGCGCCGCUACGUCACGCUCACGGACGACCAUGUCAUCCUGGUCGACUCCACCCCGGUCCUGCACCUGGUCGACUGUCUUGUCACGUCCAACGCUUCGUCCAAGGUUAUCGACCUCGCCCCGGCCCCGUCCUCCGGCGUCCCCGUCCGCAUCUACGCCGACACCCCCUUCCAGUACUCCAAGUGGCGCCGCGCCCUCGCCGCCGCCUCCGCGCGCACCAUCACUCGCUACUACGCUCUCGACCCACAAGCACUGCUUGGCGUUGGCGUCCAUGGCAUCGUCCGCAGAGGCUUCCCCACAAACCAUCCCCGCGACCCGAGCAUCGAGAGCGCCAGCACCGUCGCCUCGGAGUUUUCGCUCCACGUCAACGAACAUCCUUCGCUUUCUUUGGGCCUGUUCAAGCGCCGCAACCACCACAGUCGCUCCCGCUCGCGCAACUCCAUCGACAUCGACCCGGAGGACAAUAACACCGCCCACGACUUUCCCGAGCAGGCCGUCCCCUCGAGUAAGAUGGAUAAGCACGUCUUGCGCCAGGCUUCACUCACCCGUUCGGCUCAUCAACUCCACCAACCCGAUCCCGAUCCUGCCACCGUCGCCGUCAAGAGCAUCUCACGGAACACCAAUGGCUCUGUCACCGUGGCGAGUGAGGUACUGUUCGCCAAGGCAAGGCUCAACCAUUUCGCCAUUAUCAACGUCAUCGAUCUCUUCGAGACCGUCACCGAGGUCCACGUCGUCAUGGAGGAAUGCCUCGGCGGCUCGCUCGCUCAACAUGUACAUACUCAUGGUCAGUUCUCAGAGCACCAAGCAAGACGGAUAUUCUCCGCGCUGCUCAAGGCCGUCGGCUACAUGCACGCGUGCGGCAUUGUGCACUGGGACAUUUCUCCGAGUAACGUUCUCUUCCUGGGCAGCGAAACGCCGUUGGAACCCAAGAUUAUCGACUUUGGAACUGCUCGACCGAUCGAUCCUGCAAACGGACGCGUCCCGAUCGAGUGUGGCAUCUUUCAGGAAAAGGGCAAAGUCGCCAGCCUGGCUUGCGCCUCCCCGGAACUCCUCACUUCUAAAGCGCAUCGAUAUGCCACCAAGGCUGACAUGUGGCAGCUUGGGUGCGUCUUGUACUUUUUGAUCGUCGGCAAACUUCCGUUCACGAAGCGAAACGUGCAAGACCUGUCGGUUUCUUCGACUAUCUUGUCAUUCUGUAAGAAGCGCAGCGCAGAGCGAAAGGAGUUUUUGUUUGGAUCAACUGUAAUUGGGACAAAGGAGGUCGGGGAAGAUGCGAAGGAUUUGAUACUCAAGCUGCUUUGUCCAAACCCCAGGAUGAGACCAAACGCACUGCAUUGCUUGAAGGAUCAUGCGUUCCUUGCACAAGGUUCGUAG